UUCCCAGAUUCGGUAUGAGUAAAAGGCGACCUCACACAGCGGCAAAGCUACUCCGAGUUUAGAUCGACCAACCGCGGCGAUCGGUGACAGCACUUCUUCCCCGCGGCCACCCAAGUAAAUCCCCUCAUGCGGAGUGAAGGCGUUUCCCAACUCGACAAAACACCGGUUGCAUUAUUCUGCAGAAAAGCGCACGCAAGAACUUCCUUCCCCCCCUCCCCUCCCCUCCCUUUCAGUCUUUUUUCUAUUUCAGCUUUCUUAUUGGGGAAAUGGAGAAAGAGACGCCUGUCGAGACGGCCAGCGCGCCCGACCCUGCCACCACACAGGCGAAUACCGAGCCUCGGUCUGCCUCGACAUCUGCUCCCGAUACUGCCGGGAAGACCGCAUCGAAUCCGGCGCCCAGUGCAGCUGCUGAUGCUGGCGACGAAGAUGAUUCUGAUUGGGGAGAAUUAGAUGAGGUCCUGGAUGAUUUCAACAAGCCCAAGUCGACAACUGCAGAGAAAGCUCCUGCUUCGGAACCUAGUAAGCCAGAAGCCAGUGCGGCUUCAGCAGCCGGCGGUUUCGAUGAGGAAGCUUUUCUAAAACAGCUCGAGGCCGAUAUGAUGGCCAGUCUCAUGGGUGGCGGUAAGGGCGCAGGCGACGCAGGGCUAGCAGCUGCAGUAGGAGAGGGCGCGCCAGACUUGAAGGCGCAAGAAAGUAUGAUUGAUAAAGAGAUUGAUGAGCUUUCCAAGCAACUACAGGAGAGUGGGAUUGGGGCAGAAGACUUUCUCAAGCAGCUCCUGUCUGAGACUGUCUCUCCAGCCGCCCAGAAGCAAAAAGAUGGCCCUGCUGGUGCUACAAAGACGGAGGCAGAGCCAAGUGCAGGAGCUGCUGGAGCUUCUUCAGCCCAGCCAGAAUCGUUCCAGGAUACGAUCCGACGAACGAUGCAGCGGAUGCAGGAGUCCGGAGACCGCGCCACUGCUGAAGCUACAGAGGAGGGUCUUAACGAUGAUAUGGUCUCUCAGUUGCUGAAGGCGCUGGAAGCAGGUGCAGGUAGUGGUGGUGACGACAUGGAUCUGAACAAGAUGUUCCUUGGAAUGAUGCAGCAGUUGUCCAACAAAGAUCUUCUGUACGAGCCGAUCAAGGAACUGGACGGCAAGUUCGGCCCUUGGCUUGAAGAGAACAAGGAUAAGGUGCCGGCGGAGGAUAUGGCGCGGUACCGGACACAAGCGCGCGUUGUGAGAGAGAUUGUAGCCAAGUUCGACGAGGAGGGGUACUCCGAUGAUAAGCCCGAAUGCAGGACGUAUAUCUGGGACAGGAUGCAGGAGAUGCAAGCAGCUGGCAGCCCGCCUGAGGAUCUCAUCGCAAAUCCUUUAGCUGAGGAACUUAAGGGCACCGGAGGCGAUGGACAACUUCCCCCGGAUUGCCCGACGCAGUGAGCUGCUAGGAUUUUGUAUAUCCCAUAACUCUUUACGUGUCUUUUUUUCCUUUUUUCGGACACUUAGCGGGAGACAGGACCCUCUCUGCGAUUGAUUGGUUGGGCACAUUUACUCGAUGACCACAGGUCGUUAUAAUAGAUUAUGAUCUAUGUCACUUGCGCAGGCACGAUUUGUAUAUACAUAGCCCAUACUUCUGAUACCCCCUUUUAUCUGCACAAAAUAUGUACCAUGGCAGACACCACAUGUGGCCGAUCUUAGGCCCACACAGAGACAUUCAAGAAUGAACAUAGGUCUCGAACCACGAGUCCAGAAGAUUAGACC